CUGUCACCACAAUUUAGCCAGUGAACGCUGAGUCACUAUUCAUAUGUAUCCAGGGUUUGAAGGUGGACAGCCUCUGGACCUUCCUGAAACAACGCCGCUCCCUCUUGCCUCCUGCAUGCUCUCCAAGCAUGCUGCUGCUCAGGAUGUUGGGUCUUAUCAUAAUCAUGUUUUUACUUUGCGAUGCAGACAGCACUUGCCCUCCAGAUUCAACUCCUCUUCAGGUGGAACCUACUGUGAUAAUAAGAGAAUAUGGAGAUCAUGUUGAUGUAAACUGCUCCCACUAUGACAAUCACCUUGACAUAUUGUGGAGAGUUGGAAACAAUACACUUGUAGGUGACAAUGAUUACGACUAUUUCACGCUCAGUUUGUCACUGUCAGACUGGAACAUGAGUGCAGAGUGCAUAGUGAAAAUAAAUGAGUCUCAUGAAUGCAGCAAACAUCUUGAAAUUAACGUUUACAAGAACCCAGAAGUUGUCCUCUCCACCAAGAAUGUACAGGCUUUGGGGGAUGAGACACUGUAUGAACUGCAGUGUGAUAUCCUCGAUGUCGCUCCCGUUGAAAAUCUCGUAUUGAGGUGGUACACAAACAAUGAACUCAACAAGACGGACGUUUUCAACAACACAAUCAGAACACCGGUGAAUGAGUCUGGUACUCUGACCCUCAGAGUCAGAAGAGAAGAUAAUGUAGUCCAGGUUACAUGUGAGGCUCAGCUGGUCUUUGGGCCGAGUGGAAGUUUACCGUCUGUUUCUCACACCCACAGUGUUUCUGCACACUAUGCUCCCGAGCUCAAGAUUCAAUCCAAUACUCAAGACAUAUAUGUAGCUGAGGGCGACGACAUCUCACUGAACUGUGAAGCUGAGGGAAACCCUCCUCCUGUCUUUCAGUGGACCAGUGAUGGGCUCAGUGUGCUGGAGGAGGACUCAGACACACUCAACAUUACUCAAGUAAAUGCCAGCUCAACCUACAUCUGCACAGCUACCAAUAAUCUUGGAAGUAUAACUAAGCAAAUCCAUGUUCACGUGACAAACGUGAACGUCCAAGCAACCCCUGCAGCCGCUCCCUUGUCUCCUCUCGCUCCUGAAACAGGUUGCCCGGUGACACUGACUCCCCCUGAAAUUGUGGUGAGGUUUGGAGAUCCAGUUUCAGUCAACUGCACCACAUCAGAUGCAGACAGCACUUGCCCUCCAGGUUCAACUCCUCUUCAGGUGGAACCUGCUGUGAUAAUAAGAGAAUAUGGAGAUCAUGUUGAUGUAAACUGCUCCCACUAUGACAAUCACCUUGACAUAUUGUGGAGAGUUGGAAACAAUACACUUGUAGGUGACGAUGAUUACGACUAUUUCACGCUCAGUUUGUCACUGUCAGACUGGAACAUGAAUGCAGAGUGCAUAGUGAAAAUAAAUGAGUCUCAUGAAUGCAGCAAACAUCUUGAAAUUAACGUUUACAAGAACCCAGAAGUUGUCCUCUCCACCAAGAAUGUACAGGCUUUGGGGGAUGAGACACUGUAUGAACUGCAGUGUGAUAUCCUCGAUGUCGCUCCCAUUGAAAAUCUCGUAUUGAGGUGGUACACAAACAAUGAACUCAACAAGACGGACGUUUUCAACAACACAAUCAGAACACCGGUGAAUGAGUCUAGUACUCUGACCCUCAGAGUCAGAAGAGAAGAUAAUGUAGUCCAGGUUACAUGUGAGGCUCAGCUGGUCUUUGGGCCGAGUGGAAGUUUACCGUCUGUUUUUCACACCCACAAUGUUUCUGCACACUAUGCUCCUGAGCUCAAGAUUCAAUCCAAUACUCAGCACAUAGAUGUAGCUGAGGGCGACGACAUCUCACUGAACUGUGAAGCUGAGGGAAACCCUCCUCCUGUCUUUCAGUGGACCAGUGAUGGGCUCAGUGUGCUGGAGGAGGACUCAGACACACUCAACAUUACUCAAGUAAAUGCCAGCUCAACCUACAUCUGCACAGCUGCCAAUAAUCUUGGAAACAUAACUAAGCAAAUCCAUGUUCACGUGACAAACGUGAACGUCCAAGCAACCCCUGCAGCCGCUCCCUUGUCUCCUCUCGCUCCUGAAACAGGUUGCCCGGUGACACUGACUCCCCCUGAAAUUGUGGUGAGGUUUGGAGAUCCAGUUUCAGUCAACUGCACCACAUCAGAUGCAGACAGCACUUGCCCUCCAGAUUCAACUCCUCUUCAGGUGGAACCUGCUGUGAUAAUAAAAGAAUAUGGAGAUCAUGUUGAUGUAAACUGCUCCCACUAUGACAAUCACCUUCACAUAUUGUGGAGAGUUGGAAACAAUACAUUUGUAGGUGACAAUGAUUACUUUGUCAUGCACAAUUUGUCACUGUCAGACUGGAACAUGAAUGCAGAGUGCAUAGUUAAAAUAAAUGAUUCUCAUGAAUGCAGCAAACAUCUUGAAAUUAACGUUUACAAGAACCCAGAAGUUAUCCUCUCCACCAAGAAUGUACAGGCUUUGGGGGAUGAGACACUGUAUGAACUGCAGUGUGAUAUCCUCGAUGUCGCUCCCGUUGAAAAUCUCGUAUUGAGGUGGUACACAAACAAUGAACUCAACAAGACGGACGAUUUCAGCAACACAAUCAGAACACCGGUGAAUGAGUCUAGUACUCUGACCCUCAGAGUCAGAAGAGAAGAUAAUGUAGUCCAGGUUACAUGUGAGGCUCAGCUGGUCUUUGGGCCGAGUGGAAGUUUACCGUCUGUUUUUCACACCCACAAUGUUUCUGCACACUAUGCUCCUGAGCUCAAGAUUCAAUCCAAUACUCAGCACAUAGAUGUAGCUGAGGGCGAGGACAUCUCACUGAACUGUGAAGCUGAGGGAAACCCUCCUCCUGUCUUUCAGUGGACCAGUGAUGGGCUCAGUGUGCUGGAGGAGGACUCAGACACACUCAACAUUACUCAAGUAAAUGCCAGCUCAACCUACAUCUGCACAGCUACCAAUAAUCUUGGAAGUAUAACUAAGCAAAUCCAUGUUCACGUGACAAACGUGAACGUCCAAGCAACCCCUGCAGCCGCUCCCUUGUCUCCUCUCGCUCCUGAAACAGGUUGCCCGGUGACACUGACUCCCCCGGAAAUUGUGGUGAGGUUUGGAGAUCCAGUUUCAGUCAACUGCAACACAUCAGGUGAUAAAGGACUAGGUUGGGAGGCCACAGUUGGAGGCACGGGUUUAGAAAAUGUAGCCUUUCUGCCGUGGACGGUUGAAAACCUGAACACCUGGAACCCCCUGGCCUCCUGCUACACUUUUGUGAAUGAUAAACAGUGUGAAAAACAUCUAAACUUCACUGUAUAUCAGACUCCAGACCAAGUGUCCGUGCUGGAUGAUGGUCCGAUGCUGGAGGGCAAAGAGUACCAGCUGCUAUGUAGCAUCACCAAUGUGGCUCCUGUGCGGAAGCUCAAAGUGAAGUGGUACCGAGGUCACGAAACUCUGUUUGAAGAAACAUUCAAUGACACCGUAUUGACCUCACAAAAUCUUAAUUCUACCUUGAGAAUCACUCCUACCAAAGAAAACAAUGGAGCCGUUUUUACGUGUCAGGCUGAGCUGCACCUUGGACCCAAUGGACCAAAAUUCCUCCAAAAUAAAACUUCUGCUCCAUACACCGCUGUGGUGCACUACACUCCAAUCAUCAUCAACUGUCCUGCACAAUAUGUUGUGGAACAUAACUACAGUUUGGACAUGUUGCCCUGCAAAGCUGAUGGGAACCCUUCACCGACAGUUAACUGGUACCAUGAGGAUGAAGUGGUGAAUCCAUCUGUGCCUCUCAGCAGGAAUGACUCAGGAAACUACAGAGCUGAAUUUGAAAACAGCGUAGGCACGGACAGCACCACGGUUCAAAUCACAGUAGAAUAUGAGCCCUCCUUUACCUGCAGUGAGACCUAUGAUGUUAAAGUGAAUGGUGAGCUCCAGUGUGAACCAGAAGGACUACCUACACCCACACUCACCUGGUUCAAAGAUGGACAAAACAUAGCCCCACCACGGUGGACAAAGGAAGAUAGUGGAGAAUACUUACUUCAAGCAUCCAACAAACACGGAUCAGCCAAUCACACGCUACGUGUCAAUAUUUUGUACACUCCGAUCAUCCUCAACUGUCCUGCACAAUAUGUUGUGGAACAUAAGUACAGUUUGGACAUGUUGCCCUGCAAAGCUGAUGGGAACCCUUCACCGACAGUUAACUGGUACCAUGAGGAUGAAGUGGUGAAUCCAUCUGUGCCUCUCAGCAGGAAUGACUCAGGAAACUACAGAGCUGAAUUUGAAAACAGCGUAGGCACGGACAGCACCACGGUUCAAAUCACAGUAGAAUAUGAGCCCUCCUUUACCUGCAGUGAGACCUAUGAUGUUAAAGUGAAUGGUGAGCUCCAGUGUGAACCAGAAGGACUACCUACACCCACACUCACCUGGUUCAAAGAUGGACAAAACAUAGCCCCACCACGGUGGACAAAGGAAGAUAGUGGAGAAUACUUACUUCAAGCAUCCAACAAACACGGAUCAGCCAAUCACACGCUACGUGUCAAUAUUUUGUAUGCUCCUGAGCUCAAGAUUCAAUCCAAUACUCAGGACAUAGAUGUAGCUGAGGGCGACGACAUCUCACUGAACUGUGAAGCUGAGGGAAACCCUCCUCCUGUCUUUCAGUGGACCAGUGAUGGGCUCAGUGUGCUGGAGGAGGACUCAGACACACUCAACAUUACUCAAGUAAAUGCCAGCUCAACCUACAUCUGCACAGCUGGCAAUUAUCUUGGAAACAUAACUAAGCAAAUCCAUGUUCAUGUGACAAACGUGAACGUGCAAGCAACCCCUCUCGCUCCUGAAAUAGGUUGCCCGGUGACACUGACUCCCCCGGAAAUUGUGGUGAGGUUUGGAGAUCCAGUUUCAGUCAACUGCACCACAUCAGGUGAUGAAGGACUAGGUUGGGAGGCCACAGUUGGAGACACGGGUUUAGAAAAUGUAGCCUUUCUGCCGUGGACAGUUGAAAACCUGAACACCUGGAACCCCCUGGCCUCCUGCUACACUUUUGUGAAUGAUAAACAGUGUGAAAAACAUCUAAACUUCACUGUAUAUCAGACUCCAGACCAAGUGUCCGUGCUGGAUGAUGGUCCGAUGCUGGAGGGCAAAGAGUACCAGCUGCUAUGUAGCAUCACCAAUGUGGCUCCUGUGCGGAAGCUCAAAGUGAAGUGGUACCGAGGUCACGAAACUCUGUUUGAGGACACAUUAGGUGACACCGUAUUGACCUCACAAAAUCUUAAUUCUACCUUGAGAAUCACUCCUACCAAAGAAAACAAUGGAGCCGUUUUUACGUGUCAGGCUGAGUUGCACCUUGGACCCAAUGGACCAAAAUUCCUCCCAAAUAAAACCUCUGCUCCAUACACCGCUGUGGUGCACUACACUCCGAUCAUCAUCAACUGUCCUGCACAAUAUGUUGUUCAACCUGGGUUCAGUUUGGACAUGUUGCUCUGUGAAGCUGAUGGGAACCCUCCACCCACAGUUAAGUGGUACCAUGAUGAUAAAGUGGUGAAUCCAUCUGUGCCUCUCAGCAGGACUGACUCAGGAAACUACAGAGCUGAAUUUGAAAACAGCGUAGGCACGGACAGCACCACGGUUCAAAUCACAGUGGAAUAUGAGCCCUCCUUUACCUGCAGUGAGACCUAUGAUGUUAAAGUGAAUGGUGAGCUCCAGUGUGAACCAGAAGGACUACCUACACCCACACUCACCUGGUUCAAAGAUGGACAAAACAUAGCCCCACCACGGUGGACAAAGGAAGAUAGUGGAGAAUACUUACUUCAAGCAUUCAACAAACACGGAUCAGCCAAUCACACGCUACGUGUCAAUAUUUUGUACACUCCAAUCAUCAUCAACUGUCCUGCACAAUAUGUUGUGGAACAUAAGUACAGUUUGGACAUGUUGCCCUGCAAAGCUGAUGGGAACCCUUCACCGACAGUUAACUGGUACCAUGAGGAUGAAGUGGUGAAUCCAUCUGUGCCUCUCAGCAGGAAUGACUCAGGAAACUACAGAGCUGAAUUUGAAAACAGCGUAGGCACGGACAGCACCACGGUUCAAAUCACAGUAGAAUAUGAGCCCUCCUUUACCUGCAGUGAGACCUAUGAUGUUAAAGUGAAUGGUGAGCUCCAGUGUGAACCAGAAGGACUACCUACACCCACACUCACCUGGUUCAAAGAUGGACAAAACAUAGCCCCACCACAGUGGACAAAGGAAGAUAGUGGAGAAUACUUACUUCAAGCAUCCAACAAACAUGGAUCAGCCAAUCACACGCUACGUGUCAAUAUUUUGUAUGCUCCUGAGCUCAAGAUUCAAUCCAAUACUCAGGACAUAGAUGUAGCUGAGGGCGACGACAUCUCACUGAACUGUGAAGCUGAGGGAAACCCUCCUCCUGUCUUUCAGUGGACCAGUGAUGGGCUCAGUGUGCUGGAGGAGGACUCAGACACACUCAACAUUACUCAAGUAAAUGCCAGCUCAACCUACAUCUGCACAGCUGCCAAUAAUCUUGGAAACAUAACUAAGCAAAUCCAUGUUCACGUGACAAACGUGAACGUCCAAGCAACCCCUGCAGCCGCUCCCUUGUCUCCUCUCGCUCCUGAAACAGGUUGCCCGGUGACACUGACUCCCCCGGAAAUUGUGGUGAGGUUUGGAGAUCCAGUUUCAGUCAACUGCACCACAUCAGGUGAUAAAGGACUAGGUUGGAAGGCCACAGUUGGAGACACGGGUUUAGAAAAUGUAACCGUUCUGCCGUGGACAGUUCAAAACCUGAACACCUGGAACCCCCUGGCAUCCUGCUACACUUUUGCGAAUGAUAAACAGUGUGAAAAAUCUCUAAACUUCACUGUAUAUCAGACUCCAGACCAAGUGUCCGUGCUGGAUGAUGGUCCGAUGCUGGAGGGCAAAGAGUACCAGCUGCUAUGUAGCAUCACCAAUGUGGCUCCUGUGCAGAAGCUCAAAGUGAAGUGGUACCGAGGUCACGAAACUCUGUUUGAAGACACAUUCAAUGACACCUCUUUGGUUGUAUUGACCUCACAAAAUCUUAAUUCUACCUUGAGUAUCACUCCUACCAAAGAAAACAAUGGAGCCGUUUUUACAUGUCAGGCUGAGCUGCACCUUGGACCCAAUGGACCAAAAUUCCUCCCAAAUAAAACCUCUGCUCCAUACAUCGCUGUGGUGCACUACACUCCGAUCAUCAUCAACUGUCCUGCACAAUAUGCUGUGAAACAUAAGUACAGUUUGGACACGUUGCUCUGCAAAGCUGAUGGGAACCCUCCACCCACAGUUAAGUGGUACCAUGAGGAUCAAGUGAUGAAUCCAUCUGUUCCUCUCAGCAGGAAUGACUCAGGAAACUACAGAGCUGAAUUUAAAAACAGCGUAGGCCCGAACAGCACCACGGUUCAAAUCACAGUAGAAUAUGAGCCCUCCUUUACCUGCAGUGAGACCUAUGAUGUUAAAGUGAAUGGUGAGCUCCAGUGUGAACCAGAAGGACUACCUACACCCACACUCACCUGGUUCAAAGAUGGACAAAACAUAGCCCCACCACAGUGGACAAAGGAAGAUAGUGGAGAAUACUUACUUCAAGCAUCCAACAAACACGGAUCAGCCAAUCACACGCUACGUGUCAAUAUUUUGUAUGCUCCUGAGCUCAAGAUUCAAUCCAAUACUCAGGACAUAGAUGUAGCUGAGGGCGACGACAUCUCACUGAACUGUGAAGCUGAGGGAAACCCUCCUCCUGUCUUUCAGUGGACCAGUGAUGGGCUCAGUGUGCUGGAGGAGGACUCAGACACACUCAGCAUUACUCAAGUAAAUGCCAGCUCAACCUACAUCUGCACAGCUACCAAUAAUCUUGGCAAAAUAACUAAGCAAAUCCAUGUUCAUGUGACAAACGUGAACGCCCAAGCAACCCCUCUCGCUCCUGAAACAGGUCACUUUCCUCCGUGGCUUUGGCUGGCAAUAAUUAUAUCAGUGAUCAUCUUGACCAUCAGCAUAUUCGUGGUCUUUUUACGCCUUUGCCAGAAAAAAGAAGGACAAUACCGUUUUGUCCAGCAGUCAGACAUCUCCAUGUCCAUAAUGACAAAUGAGGGAAAUGAAAAUUUAAUUUGAUAUGUAAUUUGUCAUUUUCCGCCUGUAAAUAAAGUUACACAUGUAAAAUAAUGAUGUAUUGCUUUGCCAGUGUUCACGAUCAAGUAGGUGCACUAAAGUUAGACCUAUGUUAAAAUGCUGUGUUUCUAUUGGUAAAGUAACUUUGAUAUCUUUCUUUUUCGUCUUGAAACCCCCUGUCUGCAUCUUAAUUCUCUUCUAAUACUGGAUGUGUAAAACUGUACAGGCCUAAAAUACUUACAGUGCUUGUGUGACACUGCAGCGGUUAAUAAAGAAGAAAAAAAUAAAUGAACAAAAGCGGC